AUGUAUAGUAAUAAAGAUGUAGUUUAUAUACCACCAGAAAUCAAUCAAAUAAUUAAAGAUCAUCAAUUAAAGAUAUCACAUCCUUUCUACAAGAGAGACAGGUUGAUACAUCAACAACAAAGACAACAUCAUUUUCAACAGCAAUAUAAUUAUGAUCAGCAACAACAACAACAACAACAACAGCAAUAUGAUUAUGACCAGCAACAACAAUACUAUCAGCAAUACUAUGAUUAUAUAAAUUAUUAUCAAAAUCAAAAUGUAGAGCAACAACAACAACAAUAUUAUGAAGAAGAAGAAGAAGAAGUAGAAGUGGUCCUAGGAGGUUAUCAAUAUGUUUUAUCAGAUGAAGCAAUAGCAAUGUUUGCUAAAACAGAAAUAAGAAGAAGAGAAAUGAUUUAUCUAUUUCUAUAUUUUGUAUUUUCUUUUUCUAUAAAAUAUUGUAAUGGUAGUAGUAAUCAACAACAACAACAAAAGAUAAUAUUAUUUAAUAAUAAUUAUAAUAGCUACCAACUAAACUAUGGACAAUCUAAAUUUAGUUUUCAAUCAACAACAGGCUAUGGCUAUGCUUUCCUAAAUAGAAAUCAAUUAAUGUUAUUCAGUAGGCAGUUACAAUCACAACAACAACCUAUGGAUCCAAUUGGAGGAACACCAAUUAACUAUUCAGAUGGUAGUGAAGUGCUGAAUUCAGUAAUCAACGUCGAUGAAAUGCUAUAUGCUUUCGAUAAUACAGAGACUAAAGUAUCCAAUGGGUUUUGGUGUGACAAAUCACUUCGUUAUGCUGAUAGAAUCUAUUGUGUCAAUCCAUCAAACAAACAAAUUCUCAGCUUUCAAUAUCAGUCAUUCAGUGAAAAUUUAAAUAUAUUCCCUCCUCCAGGUUACACUAUCAUCGAUAUAAAAUCAACUUUAUAUUUCUUUGAAUAUUCAUUUAUUGUAGAUCCAUCAAAUGGGAUAGCAUUUCUGGGUGAUAAACUUGGUAGUAUUGUUUUAUUUGAUUUACAAAGAAGUAGACAAAUAGGUGUAUUUUCAACCUCAGUUGUUUCGAACCGAUUAGCAGUAGCACUAGAUAGUGAUAGGAAAAGAUUAUAUUAUUGUUCUGGUACUUCGAAAUUGAUUUUGGAUGUUCUCUCAUACUCUAGCAGUGGUAUUCAAUUUCUUUAUUCACUUUCACUCAAUAACUUGGAGUAUUGCUAUCAGGUGGCGAUUGAUCAUAGUAAUAAUGUUGCCAUCGUUGUUGGCAGUAGCAAUGGUAACUUGGCUGUUCUGGCAAUCGACAUUGAAAAUGCCAACGUUCAGAGUGUCUAUAGAUUUUCCAAUCCUUCCAGUCAAAUCGAUAGGAUAUCGUUGAACAUCGAUGUAUACGAUAAGACAAUAAUAAUAUUUACAUCAGACAAGAUCAUAGUCAUAACAUAUAAUAUUAUCAUCGAACCGAUUACUUCAUCAACAACCUCCACAACUUCUACAACUUCCACUAGUGGAACAACAGGUACUACCUCGAGGACAACUGGUUCACAAACAACACGAACAUCCACAACUAGAUUUCCAACAACUAGAUUUUCAACUCUGAAUACAUUUACAACUGGUAGUACAUUUUCAACAAUCGUACUGACUACAAGUAGAACAUCGACAAGUAGUACUUUCUCAACAAUUGCAUUGACAACUGGAACUUCGUCAACUACCGAUACUUCAUCAACUACUGACGACUCAUCAUCAACUACUGAUGGUUCAUCUACAACAGAUGACUCUUCUACAUCAACAUCCACAACCGGUACUUCAUCCACAACUGAUGAUCCAUCAUCCACCACCGAUGAUUCUUCUACAUCAACAUCUACAACCGGUACUUCAUCAACUACUGAUGGAUCAUCUACAACCGAUGACUCUUCAACAUCUACAACUAGUACCUCAUCUACUUCUUGUACAACGGAUGGCACAACAUCAUCAACUACCGAUUGUUCAACAUCAACAACUGGUACUUCAUCAACUACUGAUGACUCAUCAUCAACCACCGACGGUUCAUCUACAACAGAUGAUUCUUCCACGUCGACAUCUACCACUGGUACCUCGUCUACAUCUUGUACAACGGAUGGCACAACAUCAUCAACUACCGAUUGUUCAACAUCAACUUCCACGACAAGUACAACUGAUGGAUCUUCCACUACCGAUGAUUCUACAUCUACUACAACCGAUACUACAACAUCGACAACCGAUAACUCUACGUCUACCACAGGCACAUCAACAACCUAUGGCUCUUCCACGUUUACAACAUUUAGUUCCAAUUUUACAACAUCAACAACUUCAUUUAAUCAAACAACAGGCACCUCUACCUAUAAUUCAACAACAACCUCUUCAACAACUGAUUCUACCAACUCUACCACCUCUGGUAGCUCCAAUUAUACAACAACAAGUUUAACUACCAAUGGAAAUAUGACAACUAGUAACUCCUCCACAACAAUUGGGAAUUGUACAAUUGGAAAUAGUACAACAACCACUUCUACUGGUGGCGCUUCAACUAUUAAUAUAACAUCGAUUGGUGCUACUACAUCAACAGAUAUUUCUACAACAAUCGACUAUCUAACAACUCUAACCUCAUUUUCGGAAUCAAAAUCAACUAAAAUCUAUCUAUCAAUAAUCGAUAUUCUAUUUGUUGUAUUGUUAAUUGUUGUUUAUCUAAUAAAUUAUUUUUAA